CUUUCACCACAGCCCUGAGGUGGGGCCAAUGCUGGCCCUGGCCGGUGAGACGAGGGCUCAGAGAGAAGAGACACCUUGCCCAAGGUCACCCCAAGCUAGGACUUGGGCCAAGCCCUCUCUGACUCUAGAGGCCACACUCAGCCACUACUCAGCCAGUUCCUGCUCCCACCUCUGUGUGUAGCUGACCCCGUGCCAGGCUGCAGGAAUCCAAAGAGGAGCCCCACUUGUUACUGCAAAGUUCCAAGACGCCCAGCUCCUACCAUGCACCAGCACACCCUGCGCACCCCAGAGCCGCACCCUGCAGUGACCCCGGCCAUACGUUCUGCACCCCAGCCGCAGACUGACCCAGAGCCAGAGGGAGAUUCAGACGACAGCACUGCCCUGGGAACACUCGAGUUUACACUUCUUUUUGACACGGACAACAGCGCCCUGCACUGCACGGCUCACCGUGCCAAGGGUCUCAAGCCACCUGCCUCAGGCUCUGUGGACACCUAUGUCAAAGCCAAUCUGCUGCCAGGGGCCAGCAAGGCCAGCCAGCUGCGGACCCGCACGGUUCGGGGCACAAGGGGGCCUGUCUGGGAGGAGACACUCACCUAUCAUGGCUUCACCUGCCAGGAUGCGGGGCGAAAGACUCUGCGGUUGUGUGUGUGUGAGGACCCACGGCUGCGGCGACGGCGGCGGGCGCUUCCCCUGGGGGAGCUGCGGGUGCCCCUGAGGAAGCUGGUGCCCAAUCGAGCCAGGAGCUUCAAUGUGUGUCUGGAGAAGCGGAAGCUGACCAAGAGGCCCAAGAGCCUGGACACAGCCCGUGGCAUGUCCCUGUAUGAGGAGGAGGAGGUGGAAGCCGCAGGGGAGGAGCGCGGGCGCAUCCUGCUGUCCCUGUGCUACAGCUCUCGGCAGGGCGGCCUGCUGGUGGGUGUGCUGCGCUGCGCCCACCUCGCCCCCAUGGAUGCCAACGGCUACUCGGACCCCUUUGUCCGCCUUCUCCUGUGUCCAAAUGUGGGGAAGAGAUCUAAAUACAAGACCAGUGUUCGGAAGAAGACCCUGAACCCCGAGUUCAAUGAGGAGUUCUUCUAUGCAGGCCCGAGGGAGGAGCUGGCCCAGAAAACGCUGCUGGUGUCUGUAUGGGACUAUGACCUGGGCACAGCUGAUGACUUCAUCGGCGGGGUACAGCUGAGUAGCCAGGCAGGCGGGGAACGCCAGUGGCACUGGUGUGAAUGCCUGGGCCGCAGUGACCGCCGACUGGAGUUGUGGCACCCACUGGACGGCACGCCCCUCGAGCUCAGCGACUAGAAGGGGUACCUAGCCUGGCCCUGCUCACCACCCUCCCCAAAACUGACCCGUAGAGCUGGGAGGACCUGGAGCUGCCCCACCCACCGUGCCCAACCCCAUGCCAAAUUGUUUGCUUCCUUACCCCCCCUUUCAAAUUCACCCCACUGCCAAUCAUGAAGCAAGAAUAAACCUGCAAACCAGACCAGACCAAGUCUGCUCUUUUCCCUGCCCAUCACCUCACAGGGCAGACUGGGCCCUGUUCUCCUUGCUCCCACCCUCCAGAAGCCCACACUGGGCCAGGCCCAGGUCUGGACCCCAGGCCACUGUUUUCCCCUCGUCACACUGGGAAAGCCCCGUUCCCGCUGCCGCUGCCAUCUGCACUGAGGGAUGGGCGCUCAAGAUGAUCUAGGACAGACUGACCAGACUGACCCACAGGAAGCCAAGGUGUGGAUUCAUGACAUGACCUUGAGUUGACCUAUCCCCACCC